CAGAUUAUGAUUAUAUUAUGCAAUGUCGUGAUAUAGAACCUAGAUAUAAAAUUUUAAAAGAUUUGGAUCAACCUAUAUUCUACUUGCAAAAUAGGGGCAGAACCUUAUUGCUUUACAAUAAUGACUCUAAUCAAAAUACAAAUAUAUCUAAUACUACUAUGAAUGUUCUCUAUAUAGAAUCUCAACCUUUAGAUAAGGACAAA